UUGGGAUUUAACUCUUUAUUGUGAGUCUGCUACGUGUGGGAAAGUUGUUGGUAGUAAAAGUGCCACGUCUACUAAGAGGGAGAGUCCCGAGUUUGCCAGAGGCCGUUGUACUUAAGCCUACAACUGCAUUUUUAACUGUAAAGUCGGGGGCCUUUUCUCUGUUUUUAUAGUGACUUCUAUCUAGCGUCAGUGACAUGAGGCUUUUCUUGUGGAACUCGAUCUUAACGUUGUUAAUCAUGUCUUUGAGUGGAGCUCUGAUCCCCGAGCCAGAAGUGAAAAUUGAAGUUCUCCACAAGCCAUUCAUCUGCCAUCGCAAGACCAAAAGAGGGGAUUUGAUGUUGGUCCACUAUGAGGGCUACUUAGAAAAAGAUGGCUCCUUAUUUCACUCCACUCACAAACAUAACAAUGGUCAGCCAAUUUGGUUUACUCUGGGCAUCCUGGAGGCGCUCAAAGGCUGGGACCGGGGCUUAAAAGAAAUGUGUGUAGGAGAGAAGAGAAAGCUCAUCAUUCCUCCUGCCCUGGCCUAUGGGAAAGAAGGAAAAGGUAAAAUCCCCCCAGAGAGCACAUUGAUAUUCAACAUUGACCUCCUGGAGAUUCGAAAUGGACCAAGAUCCCAUGAGUCAUUCCAAGAAAUGGAUCUCGAUGAUGACUGGAGACUCUCUAAAUAUGAGGUUAAAAUGUAUUUAAAGAAGGAGUUUGAAAAGCAUGGUGCCAUAGUGAAUGAAAGUCAUCAUGAUGUUUUGGUGGAGGAUAUUUUUGAUAAAGAAGAUGAAGACAAAGAUGGAUUUAUAUCUGCCAGAGAAUUUACAUAUCUACAUGAUGAGUUAUAGUGAUGUCUUCUCAUUUUAUAUAGUGUCUAUCUUUAAAGAGAAGGCAAUUGUCUUUAAAAAACUUUUAAAUGUUCUGCUUUUGCUUAAAAUUUUUAUAUUAUUUUUCUGACUAUUAUUUAAAGCAUCCUUUAGGGUUUCUAAGUAGCUAUUUCUUUCUAGUAAGUUAUUGGGAAGAAACAAUUGAUUUGUCUUUGAAUGGAAGACUUCUAGACUAUUUUUCACUCUAAUAUUGUGUCAUUUGUAAUUUUAAAAUAUUGCCACCAGGAACAUGCCACAACAUAAGACCACAUUAUAGCAUAAAUCAAUACCUUGUAUUUCUACUUCCCUCAAAUUCUCAAAGUUAGAUACCGAUAUUGAAAAAACCUUUUACAUUAGCCCCAAGGCUUGUUGUUUUCAUGUUAUAAUGAAAUGGUUUGCUUUGACUGUUUGAGUCUCUGCUUGAGGACAGGAAGAAAAUGGCAAACUUUUUGGUAGCAAAACAGAAGUGAGGAACAAUUUGUGGAUACGUGUGCAUCAGAACAUUCUACUCGGGACUAAAACUAAAUAAGGUUUGUUCUUAAUAACUAAUGACCUACUAAGAUAAACAGGACAAGUCAUUUAUGUCUUUUCUUUUUUGGAGUCCUGGGGAUUUAACCCAGAAUCUACAUCCAUCCUCUCCAUUUUUUUUUACUUUUUUAUUUUGAGAUAGGGUUUUGCUAAGUGUCUGAGUUGCCCAGGCUGGACUCCAGUUUACGACCCAUCUGUCUCAGCCUCCCAGAGUGUGGGGAAUACAGGCAUGGACCAACACACUUGGCUUUGAUGUAUACUUUUGCAGGAUAGUGGCUAGAUUCUUUAAUGAGUAAAAAUACAAAUAGCUAGCCAUGGAUUACACAUUACUCCUGUAAUCCAUAAUGUUAGAAAACUGAGGCAGAAGGAUUACAAAUUCAAACCCAGUCUGGAGAAUUUAAUGAUUUAGCAAGACUGUGUCUAAAAAUAAAAUAGAUUUGGGACAGCUUAGUGUGAAGGCUUUGGGUUCCAUCCCUAGUACCACAAACAACCAACCAAAAACAAAAUAACCCCAGCUUUAACUAGUAUGUAAUAUUAUAAUAACAUUACAUCAUAAGUAAAACUAGAAAGCCAAAAUUUUCUCAUUUCUGCCUCAUCAAAAACUGAAGCAGCACCAGGCAUGGUGGUACACACCUGUAAUCCUGUCUACUCCAGAGAGCGAAGCGGGAGGAUCUCAAGUUUAAGGCUAACCUGGGCAAUUUAGUAAGAGCUCAUCUCAAAAUAAGACAAAAAGGGCUAGAGGUUUAGCUCAAUGGCAGGAUGCUUGCCAGGCAAGUGCAAAGUCCCAGGUUCAAUCCUCAGGACCAGGCUGAGGGGGACAGAGGGCAGAUCUAUAGAUGCUACUGUUGAAUAGGUGCUUAUUCUGGGUUAAAAAAAAGGAUGACUUUAUAAUUUUAUCUCAAAUUGGCUUUUAUCUUCAAUACUUAAAAAAGACUCUAAAAGUCUGUUUGCUAAGAACAACCUUAUUGUUUACAAAAUCAUAUUGAGUGUGCUGUUGUUUCUUGUGGUGCUGGGGAUAGAAGCAAAGGCUUCCUGCACGCUAGGCAAACAUUCUACCAGUCAGUCUCCAUUGGGGCCCAAGUGCAUUGUUGUCUUUGAUGUUCAUUGGUCAUACUAGCGGUCUAUGAAAAAUGCUAUUGAGUCUCCUUUUGCCUAAUUCAUAGAUGCGAAAAUUGAUAUUCAGAGAGACUAAUUGUUAUGUCCAAGGUUAGCGGUUAAGCUGUAGAACUAGUUUUCAGUCCCCAAAUUCAGUGGCUUCUUGCUGCCUUCUACUAAAACAUAGUAAGUUUGUUUGACUCCCUUGGGCCUGAUUCUUUUAGGUUUGCUGUGUUGCUUGUCUUUAGGGUCUUUAUCCUUUGAGGAGGGUUUUCUGGUUGUCUCUGGAGUAUUAGACUUCUCCCUGUGAUUCAGGAAUGGCUUUGGUUUUACAGAACGAUUUUGGGGGUUAGCUCUGAAUUGCUUCAGACAUCUCAAACACAAGAGAUUUCAGGUGAAUGUCUUAGGUCUUUCCUGUUUACUGCCAUAGUUUUAAAGAAUUAUGAACAAUUACAUCAUAUAGAGACUAUAUAUAUAUAUAAAAUAUAGAUUUCCCUGAUUAUAUAUUGAUAUUUUCAUCACUAAAACAGGAAGCUCUUGGGAAGAACACAAUACCUUUCUCUGUAGAAAUCAUCUUUAUCACCAAUGUUUUCCUGAAUCUAGAGAGGUACAGGAACUCAGGAUAAAAAAGUCUUACGCUGUGGCAUGUGGAAAGGUAGCUUGUCCUGUGGUGCUUUGUAUAGAUAUUACUUGUGCCAUAAAUGGUAAAGCAAAAAGAGUUAAAAACUUUUUUGGAUUAUUCAUCUUAUAUAGAUUUGCAUCAAUUUUCAUCUAAGUAUUUGGACACAAAAAUACAUACAUAUGUUAUUGUUGUACUCCCCGUAGUUAUAGCUAUUUACAUCUUUCCAGUAGUGUGAGACUGUGACUUCACAGGUAUGUAAUUUGACUCAUUACUGUUCUACAUGUCAUGUUUAAAUUUGUAUGUCUGUGUUAUGGUAUUCUUCAAAAUAAAGAUUAUUUUAAGAUAACUGA